AUGAAGUUCUCACAUAGUAUCCAGUUCAAUGCGGUGCCCGAGUGGAGUAACAACUACAUCUCGUACAGCAACCUCAAGAAAUUAAUAUAUUCUCUUGAGAAGAGGCUCCACCAAGCCAAUGCCAUCCCUGAAGAUGUCGAGUCAUCACCACUUCUGCCUGGCGACUCCGAGGAUCCCGACAAAGUCUUUGCGCGCGCUCUGGAUCACGACCUCGAGAAGAUUUGUUCUUUCUACCAAUUGAAGGAGUUGGAGAUCUAUGGGGAAGUCGAGUCACUACUCUCGGAUGAACACGACUUUGAGGAAGAGACAAGGGAGCAAGAUGGAGAGCACGAGGCAGGGCCCGCUGCACGGAAUGGCACUCUGGCAAAAGCGAGGAAGGCUAGUAUGUUCAAGGGUUUCAGUAUUGGUCGACGCCGACGUGCUAGUACCUUAAGCGGCCACCAGGAAGAACCCGACAGCGAUGAUGAGCGCACUGCUCUGACCAAGUCAACCUCUCGGGAUGGAAACCCAUAUGACAUGUCGGCGAGCUCCAACCACGACACUUCGUCGCGCCGACGCCCCAGCAGCUCCCAUGACUUUGACGACCAAGCUCUUGAUGUGCUUUAUAACGAAGGUGUGACUCUUAAAAAGCGCACCGUCAGCCUUUACGUCACCCUGUGCGAACUGCGCUCCUUCAUCCAACUGAACAAGACUGGUUUCGGAAAAGUCCUGAAGAAGUACGACAAAACUCUGGAUCGCAAACUUAAAGACCCUUAUAUCAAGGAAAAAGUCGACACUGCCUAUCCUUUCCAACCAGAAACUCUUGACCGCUUAAACGGCAACAUCGAGAAAAUUGAGACAGCAUACGCAGAUCUGGUAACCAAAGGCGAUGUCGACCUGGCUCGCCGUGAGCUACGUCUUCAUUUGCGAGAACACGUCGUUUGGGAGCGCAACACUGUCUGGCGUGAGAUGAUCGGUAUCGAACGCAAAGCUCAAGCUGCCAACAUGGGUCUCGGUCAGACCAUGCUGGGUGGUGUUGAGGAUCGUGGAAAGGCACGCUUGCAGGGCGAUGAGGAGUUGGAAGCUACCAAGGAGGUUGUGACACCUCUCGGUAAGUACAGGUGCCCACGCUUCCUCCUCUCAAGCACUUUCUACACUCUGGUGGCCGUGAUUGCGGUGUUCUUCGUUCUACUGUUCGCUCCGAUCAUGGAGUCUCCAGUCGAGCAGAACUGUUUGGCACUCGUCGUCCUGGUCAGUCUUCUGUGGGCCACCGAGGCUAUCCCGCUCUUUGUAACAUCUCUGCUCGUGCCCUUCCUCGUGGUGGUUUUGCGCGUCGUCAGGUCCGAAGCCGAACCUCACAACCGUUUGGGGUCCAAGGCAGCAGCUACAUUCAUCUUCAGUGCCAUGUGGUCUCCCGUCAUCAUGCUUCUGCUCGGAGGCUUCACUAUCGCUGCUGCAUUGAGUAAGCACAAUAUUGCAAAGAUGAUGGCUACAUUUGUGCUUAGCAAGGCUGGCACAAAGCCUCGCAACGUGUUGAUCACCAGUAUGUUCGUGGCCAUGUUCGCAAGUAUGUGGAUCAGUAACGUUGCCGCUCCUGUGCUCUGCUUUUCCAUCAUUCAGCCUAUCCUCCGAAAUCUGCCUGCAGACUCAGACAUGUCAAAAGCCUUGCUCCUGGGUAUUGCUCUCUCUUCCAACAUGGGAGGUGCGGCGUCACCGAUUGCCUCGCCUCAGAACUUGAUUGCUCUGCAGAACAUGACACCGGCUCCUGGUUGGGGAGUUUGGUUCUUCAUUGCGCUUCCAGUCUGCAUCAUCUCCAUCCUUAUGAUUUGGGUCCUUCUCCUGGUGACUUUCCGACCUGGUCGCAAUACCACCAUUGUGCCCAUUCGUCCUAUGAAGGAUAAGUUUACUCCUACUCAAUGGUUCAUCAGCUUCAUUACAGUUGUCACCAUCGUGCUCUGGUGUUUCAGUCAUCAACUGGACUUCGUCUUUGGCGAUAUGGGUGUUAUCGCCAUCCUUCCAAUGGUCGUAUUCUUCGGUCUUGGUAUCCUUAACAAGGAGGAUUUCAACAACUUCCUCUGGACAAUCAUCAUUCUGGCUGCUGGUGGACUUGCUCUCGGAAAAGCUGUCAACUCGUCUGGUCUGCUUCGCACUAUUGCAGUGUCCAUCACCACUCGUGUCGAAGGUCUAGGCCUCUAUAGUGUAUUGGUUGUCUUUGCUGCACUGAUUGGUGUGGUGGCCACUUUCAUCUCACAUACAGUCGCAGCUCUGAUUGUGCUGCCUUUGGUCCAGCAGGUUGGUGAGGGUAUGAGCGAUCCCCACCCCAACCUUCUUGUUAUGGGUAGUGUGCUCAUGGCCUCUGCUGCCAUGGGACUCCCUACCUCAGGUUUCCCCAACAUGACUGCAAUCAUGAUGGAAGAGCCAAACACUGGCAGACGUUACCUGCAGGUAAAGCAUUUUAUUACUCGCGGUGUGCCUGCCUCAAUUCUGGCUUACGCUGUUAUCAUCUCGGUUGGGUACGGUCUGAUGCUGGCUGUUGGAUUCUAA